AAUUAACUUGACACGUUAUUUUUAACCAAAAGUUAAAACCUCUCAGAAACAUGCCUCAGUUUCUUUCCUUUUUCCUUUUGUUUCCCCCUUCAUUUUCAUCGCCAACCUCUUUUGAUGUUCAUCUUCUUCCAGAUCCUUGCUCACCAGCCUUGGGGGUUUAACCAUCUCUUUUUCUCUCCUCCGUCUGAACCAUGAUUUCUGUCUCUUCCUCUCCACUCAAACUUCGCUUGGACCAGAUCUAGCUGCAACGUCGCACAAGGUUGAGAGAGGUAGCCAAAUCUGGGUUCCUCUUUCCCAUUCUCCUUCCUCUUCCUUUCCUUGGCCCUUUGCAAACCCUCACUCCUUAAUUUGCACAACCCUUUUCAAACACUUUUUUUUUCUUGUGUGGGAUUUGGGAUUCUUGAGAUUUGAUUUUAAUUUCCCCUGGGAUUCAUUAAUAAAUUGACCCAAACCCAACCAUUUGGCUUCCGCAAAAUAAAUAACCCAACCAAACAAUUAGCUCUCUCCUUUUUUCCAGCCAUGUGCUUCACCAUUAAGUCGGGUUGCUUUAAGUGCGCCUGUGGCGGUGAUGGUGACUUCAUCGACUUCACCUUGGCUCUGUUCGUGCCUCCGACUGCCAUUUUGAAACGAAAGGGAGUGGGGGUUGGUCCCCUACAUCUCUUUUUUUUUCUUUUUAUCGAAUGACUUUCUUACAAAUUCUUCUUAAAGAAAGAAUCCAGAUUUGUAGGGACAUUCUAUUUUGUUUUCAGUUCCUGGUAGAGAAAGAAGUGGUAGAGGUAGAGGGAGAUCUGACUCAAAAGAUUUGAUUUUGAAACUCUAAGUCGAGAGAUAUUGCUAGGCAUAUUCUCCAUGGUUGGUUUGCUGGAAACCCAGAAGACAAACAACGCUGCUGCCUUACAGUUAGGUUAGGUAUGGUACAAACUCAAGAUUUCAUUCCCCUCUCUUCUUCUCUGCACAAUCGGAGAAAAGCACUAGUCUUUUCAUGUGGGUUUAUUUUGUAUGAAUCUCGAACCAAUUUAGAAUUUUAAUCUACAAAAAUUUUUGGGUUUAGAUGAUUUGGCUACUCUUUGUUUUGUUCGGAGCAGGAAUGGGUUUGUGGGGAUAUUGGAUGAUUUUGAAGGAAGAAUGUUCUCUUGCAUUGGGAGUGAAGGGAAUGGGAAUAAGAUUGUGGAUAUUUCUUUAAGAAAGGGGAAUUAGCAAGAGAGAGAAAGAGAUGGAUCGUUGGUGGCAAUUGCAAGCAGAAGAUUUGGGGUUUUGCACAAGGCAAGGAAAGGAAAGGAAGAGAAAGAGAAAGAGAAAAAAAAAAAAAAAGGGAAAAAUUUUAAGUUUAUUGUCAUGUCAGUAUGUCAUCAUAUUUUUUCCAUGCUAUCUUCCUAUAGUUUUUGCCUUGUCGUCAUUCUCCUGUGCAACGGGAUAUAUUUGCAA